CGAACACGGUGCCAGUUUGCCGUGGCCAAACAUCUGUCGAGAAACAACAGGACUCCCAGUUUCGACAGUUCUCCGCUUUGGACACUGAAGAAAAUUUUUUGGAUGAUGCCUCAGUUAAUAUGACCGGUGACAGUUGCCCGCAUGCACUGCUUGCCAUGGGAGUUCAGCUGCUGUUGGAGAUUACCACCUACCUGCGCGAGAUGCAACGACGAGUACCGCCGUUCGGACUUAAUGAGAGACCCCAACAGCAUCAUCCAAGCACUGGCAGAACAUCACGACGUCGUUCCCGUGAACACAGCCAUGAGAGGUCCGGAUCGUUACUAAAGAGCUCAGCCAGCUCAUUUUCCGGUCCAGGCACUUCGUUCAAAGCAGCUCGGAGACGGCUCAGUAUUCUUAUGCCCAUAUUUGGUUCCGGAGGUUCCGUGAACGCUGGUGACGCUGGUGAAGAUGUAGAGGAGAUCGCUUCUGCAGCCAAAUCUCUUAGCCCCCGUCGAAAUUUGGCAUCCCGUCGGAUCAGCUUUGCCGUGUUCAGUGACUCGAAAGACGCACGUGGUUCCCUAGUGGGAAGCGUAGAUUCCCUGGACCAUUCACCAGAUUCCGAAAAGCCUGCACUAAACAAGCGACUGUUGCGACACCAUCGUGGAUCAGGAAGUUUCAAACGGCUUGAGCCUAACGCACAAGAAUCUCUGGGAGUUUACUUUCAUCAGAAAGCGUUGCCAAGCCUGGAGCAAAAGCUAAGCAAAGGUGGUGCUCUAGUUGCCCCAGGAGUUGCUGGUGAAAACAGCCCAGUAAAUUUGUCGGAUGAGCAAAGCGAUUGCGAAAAUCUACACUCAGCUGCCACUACUUCGAGUCGUUCCUUGGCUGCGUCACGAUACUCGAGGCCCAAAUCCCAGUCAACGACAAUUCGAACCCGGCUAGAGGAGAACACUUUACCUCAUGGAAGUGUUCGUCGGUCCGUUUCUGCUGCCUUAGCGGGUAGACGUCAACGCACUUCAAGUGUACUAAAAUCAUGCGGUAGCAUCGCAGAGGGAACCGCAACUGAACAUGAUGCAUUUUCUGCACAAAUGCCAUGGAUAGAUGCUGUAAUCGAUUUCGCUAACUACACAAACUUUACUUGUGAACACUAUCCACAUUGUCUCCCAAACUGCUUUGAGCGUCAACAGUAUCAAUUUCGUGCUCUGAUGAAAGCUGUCGGACAGGUGUACGGGGCUGAAACUGAAAGCAGCUUUAUAAAAUCCAUCGAUCGGCAGCUGCGCGCCCGACCAGCUAACACUUCGCCCAAAUUUGGUGAAGCGGAAGCCAAGAGCCUUGUUCCUGAUGGAGAACAGACAGAUAAUUCAUCAGCGUCCAACACCUCCCUACGCAUCGGUCCAAGUGGAGGGUUGUACAACUCAGACCUAGAAGCCAGCCGCAGCACAGCAACAGGCGGGAUAUGCGGAGGCACAGAUUUGCACCCGACGCUGUACCACGACAAUGUCAGUGGAACAGCAAAGACAAGCGACAAUGAGCUGGAUCUUCUCACUUCGUUGCAACGUCGCGCAGAAUCUGCGGCGCCUAUGGAGAGACCCAAGACAAAAUAUGGUAUAUUUUCCAGAUCUGCGAAACGGAAGGAAUUACAUUUUCUGGGCCACAAUAAUAAGGGUGAAAGUACACCAUUGUUGGAAAAACUGCGUUUACGAGUGAGAAACCGUCAAAGAAACAAUGGAGUAUCAGAUCCAGAAACUGCUGGAUUGAGUAGCCUUCUGGGACUGGGGGUCCUUGCCGGCGCUGGUGCCGGACUAUUGCGGACCUCUCUCAGUGGAGUCGGUCUUUGUGGCAACUACACGGACACCGAUGAUUAUGGCUCACCCGAUCCAGCGAGAACAGACUCGCGAAGAGUGUACCGUAACCUGAGUAAUCCCGAACUGCCGAUUCAACGUUACCUACAGAAUCAAGUUAAAAAUCUGUGUGGCACUUCCUUCAAUUUACUGUGCAAAGCGGCUCUUCUGCUCUCCAACGAGCAACUGUCUAAAGUCGUCCCGCUCGCAUGGGAGCUACUACUAGAACCGGACGAAGAACUUGUAUCAAGUGCCUCAUCUCUCAUUCUGUUCUGUGCUGUGAAAGCUUCGUCACUGGUACAGGAGUUGAUUUUGGCCGAACUUCAACACGAAUCGCCGAGUCACAGAGUUAAUGCUAUCCUCAGAUUUAGAGCUCUCUGGACUCACCGUUACCACGUCUGGUCCCAUUUGGAGGAGGGCGCUCCCACGCAACUCCGGGUCCCUCCGCCGUCCAUAGAAUACGUUCUCCCGUCUCCUACUCUGGGCUACCCAGGCUACGAGGUCCCGGAUCCGGCUUGGCAGAUUCGUAAAGGCACCUCUGCAGAAGAGGUACAACUGAAACAAAAUGAAGCGACAAAAACGUUCGUCACCGCCUCAACUUCCAGAAGAAAACAGCAACAGGAGCUGCUUGCACGUGCGAUUGCGGCCGAAACAAUGCGGCGUCGUGAUGACAGGCGACGGUUCCAUUUGACUACAUGUUCAGUGCUUGAAAGAGCAGCAAUCGAGCCUGCAUUCAGCAAGGAACAUCGAGAUGAUGGGCUGCAGGAUGAUGCUACCAAUUCAGUAAUGAGCACAGUGGCCAACUUAGCUGGCGGUACCACCGUUGCUGGGAAUCCAUCAGCUAGCAAUACCAUGCAAGAAGAAUUCACCGCUGCAGUGCGACGCAUGAGCAUGGCACCGAUCAAUCGAAAUUUGUCAAACCAAACGAGAAGCUCUUCGUGGCGUCAAGGCUCCAUGCCAUGGUGUCGCAGUAGCGCUUCGAAUCACGAUGAAGAGGAUCGUAGGUAUGCCGCUUUACCUGCACUAUUUCCGGCUCAAGCACUGCAACCAGCUCAGCACAUUUUCCCUUCCACUUUAUGUGCUGCAACAAUUCCCUUGAUACAUCUGUUAGACGACGCAGCCGUUGGUGAACAAGGUACUGCAGUGAAUUCAGUUGCCGAGUACUGUGUUUUCAACUGUUUACUGGAGGACACGAGUCUGUUCUUACGCUUCAUUUUCGAGCGACUCACACGCACAAACUAUAAAAACGAGCUGAUAUUCGUACUGCGUAAAAUGCUCCAACGGCUUCCAGAACUGCCAAUGCAAAGUGCUCAUGCAAUAUUCAACAACCUGGUAGGUUACAUUAUGUUCCACGUACGUACACCGAACGCUGAGGCACCUGAAGCGAUCGCCGGUGCUCUUGCCAUACUUCACCUGGUUGUCCCACAUGUGCAGAAUGUCUACUUCAAGGAUUUGAAACAAACCUUGAGGAGAGAGCAAAUAGAUUCCACCCUGUUGCUCACAGCCAACCUGCCCAGUGCGAAACAGUUCAACGUGUUUGACAACGAUAUUGGUGUGGCGCAGCUUGUUCGUUUACAGGACGAAUCCAAGGAUUAUCAAUUUGAGGACAUUUUGAAGGAUGUACUGGAAAUCGCUGGCGUAUCAACAGAUCAAAGCCACAAUUAUUUUUUGUUUGACGACAAAUCCAAUAUUAUACGAAACCCAUCACAUUACGUCCGGGACUUCUAUCCAUUCAAGCGUAAUCACAACCCAAAGCUGAGGCUCCGUCAAAUGAAUAGACACGAAGGACUUCGCCUCUUGCAACAUAAUGCGCAAACACUAAAGCUACAGGAAAUUGGAAAGGUUUUGUUCACAACAGCUGUGUUACGCAACACUCCCAAUUCUCAGAUAUCCAAUCACGUGUUUUUCCUGCUUGAAGAACUCACGAAGCUACCAGCUUUUCCGCGCAAAGCUCUCGAGUCGGAAUUUCCACUCUACGAUUUGGCAUCUUUGGGUCGUCCACUGCAUGGCUUGGAUACAAUGCACAAGUUGUCCUGGUGUCGUUUACUACAUUCGCUAUUCACUCAAAUGCCAAUUACCUACCCUUGGUCCAAUGAUCUUCAGUUGUUCCUCAAUGUGUUUAAUGGUACCCUCAUACUGCACGCGGAAGAUUCCUCUGUGCUACGUCAGUGUCUGGCUUUUUUUAUCCAGUGUUGCAACCGGUUCAAAAUGACAUUCUCCACAAGUGGAUAUAAUGGUAUUCUACCAACGAUGCUCCGGGUCUACAAUCGACAGAUGUACAAUAGUGUACUCACACAAGCCAUUGAAUACACGUGUCGCCAGUUUUACGUUAUGCAUCGAGCUCCAUUUAUUUUGCAAUUAUUUGGAAGUUUAGCUAACUACGUUGUGAUACAAGAUGAACCGGAAGAGACGGAUAAGGAUUUCUAUCGAAUUCAAGCAAUUGCGCUUUAUCGUUUGUUGCGGGCUAUACAUCGACCAGUUCCGGAUAAUCUGCGCAUUUUGGAACUGUGUAAUGUGCAGAAACCGCUAAAAGCUCUGGAUUUUUGCUACGAGGAUGAAGAUGCGAAUUGGUCCGUCCUUGUGGCAAUCAACCUUUGUGUUGCAGUAAUCGUCUACGCCCCUGACUCUUACCGUGCUCGGCAAAUGUUGGUUAUUUUGAGGGCACUAUUACCACUGAUUCUACGUGAUCUACCUGGCAUUUGCGCGGAGGAGAACUAUGGUACCGAUGUUAAAAAAGCGGAGAUCCUUGCAAUACAGAAGUUGGCAAUCAAUAUUCGUCAACUGAUCGCUACCACUGAGUUCAUGACGAGGAGAGCAGAAGAUACGCACACUCUUUCCGCGUACCCACCAGGUGGUCCAAGUGAACGUCGUCAAGAGUAUUUAACUGGUCGCAUCACACAAAGCUUGACUCGUUCUACUCUGGCGGCAGCGAAAAAGCGCAAUUCCAAACCCGCGUCGGAAGUAGCAUUUUCAGGCCCGUUUGGUCCAGGUGCACGAGAUCGAGCGGCUGUGGAGUGGUCGGAUAUGAACAAAAGUGAACCUUCCAGCCGUGCUACAUCUUCGGCCAGAGCGUACAGUGAACCGAAAGAAACGAUCCUCCAGCUAUCCUGUGACUUUCUUUCAGUUUGUUCCAAUCGACUGGUUGAGUUAGGUGAAAAGCAGAAGGUUCCCGAGCUGUUAGAUCCCAAAUCGCAUUUGCGGUUAUCUGAAAUUGUCCAAUCAAUGAUAAAACAAUUACCGGCCAAUCCGGAUCUCUUGUUCAGAUCAUCACUACAGCGGUACUUUUUCGAAGUUCUACCACUGGUAGAAUGGGGACAUGAAUCAAUGAGAUCAAGCAAAGCAUUGGAAUCACUACUGUGUCGGUUGAAUCGAACACUUCCGAAACUACUGGAGCAUUGCUUUUCGAAGCCUCAAAUUUAUGGGGACGGGAUUGUCAGACUCAUCCGGUCAAUUUACACAGUCAUAAAGAAGCAUCGGGUAAUCGCUCAGUUGAAGGAAAUUCGUGUUUUGAUUGAUGUUCUGAAAAAAGCGGUUAUCCACGAUCCGGCUGGCUGCCUUCCUGCUCUCCCAUCGUCGAGAUCAGAUACACAUUCAGCGCACUUCGGAUGGCCAGCCCCUCAAUACCGGCAAAGCGUUGGCGACAGUCUAGUUGUCGGUAAUUCGCCAGAUAGCAGCAGUUUUGAGACGCCUGGAAUAAGUCGUGUCGCUGGUAAAAGUAAACUGCCAAGCGGAGCAGCUCGAGCAUACACACCUUUUCCUUUAGAAGAAGUUGGUCACGUUGACGACUCUAGGACCCGAAGCAAGAACACCACGCACUCUUUCAGGUUCUCCGCCGAAGUAAUACGAUUGAUCUCACUUGUACUACAGGUCAUGGGGCCCAACUUUUGCCUCAAGGACUUAUGUGAACGACCCAGCCCGGACUACAGUAGCCGAUGCCUGACAUUACUGGAGGGUGGAUACCACAGUUUGGCCACUUAUCUGGGACAAUUGAUCAUCCCGCUACUCUUCCGGUGUUGUUCUGGCCGAAAAGAUUCGCCUACAUUAUCGAAGGAGAACGUGUUCUACGCGCUGGACGUGUGCAUCGCUGCCGUAUUCGCUCCGCCUACGUCUGCACACCUUGCUGCUCAAACGACUGGAGCGGAAACAAUCAGCACACAUGCAGCACAUGCGGCGUCUGAUGAAGUAACAGAGCGCGGCAUUGAGAAGCUGAACAGAUAUGCCAGCGAACCCACUUCCCAAGGAGGACGGAAUCUGUCCAUUUCGGAUCUUGGCUUCACGCCAGAUGAAGCAAAAUCGAUCAGUACUCCUGGAUUAGAUCUUGAUGUUAGUGGCGAGUUAAGCUCUUGUCUUAGCCGAUUGCUCAGCCCAACGCUGACAUUCCUGUCGUCUAAGGAGCCGGUCGCAUCAGCCCAGGCAACACUUCAUCCGAAUUCAGUCCUCGUCAAACAUAGCACGCAACCAGAAGGUAAUAACAUGAAAGCUCGGCACUCUAUCUCAUCGGCCUCUACUCACAAGACACAGUCUCGUCAUACAGACUCUUCUGUGGCAAGAACUCCACAAAUUAAAUAUCAGGCAGAGAACUUUAAAACGGAAUUUACACAUCGACUCGGGUUUCUGGGACUGAAACUGAUUUUGGUCGGUUACAAUCGGCACGCCUCAGUUCGCCUCCGCGUCAUCAUCGGAACGCUGACCAAACUGGCUCUCAAUGGACAGAGUGGAAUACAACUGUGGAAGUUCUUCGACUUUCUCGUUACUCACAGGCCACCAGUUUUCAUUCACAUGUUACCGUUCAUUCGGUUUAAGAUGGCACACCUCAAAUGCGCCACUCCUGGUGAACAAGCAUAUCAACAGAUUGUGAGCCAGAAACUGAUUGGGCUGCACCACCCCGUCCCACAGACAACCUCUUCCGUGCUAAGGGAUCUUAUGCGGGAGCUCAGUGCAAUCCAGCAUGACGUUCAGCACUUCAGUCAAACACGAACAAAGAAAUCAGUGACAAACACUGAGACGAAAAGGCGACCUAACUCUGUCGACCGGCAAUAUUCCAUUAAGAAACAAACAUCCAGGCGCAACAAACUUACUCUGGAAGAAGUGCCCGAACAUGGUGUGGAAAGUGAAAGAGCAUUGAAAGAUAAGGAGCAAUUGGCGAAUGUCCAGCGAAUCGACGUGUUAGCCUCAGUCACCUCCGAAUCUACUUGUAGUGUAGACGCACUUGGUGAAAUCAGUAUUGGACUACCAAGUCUCAGCCAAUCCACCCGUGCAACUCGUGGCGUGUUGCAAAAUUUCAGACAAUCCAUUUUGGUGAGAGAUCCUCGAAAACGGAUUGCCGCCCAAGAAGGUAGCCGCAUGUUGCUACAAAGUCAGACCUUGAAACAGAGGGAUCCGAUAAUGACAGCCUCCACAGAAAGUGUUAAUCGGCCUAGUCGACCUAUGCGGAAAAGGAAGGACCGUGACAGGCCCCACAUAACAACAUCGGAUGAGGCCCACGUCACGAGAAUGUUAGAAGAAUCGUACUUUCCGGGUUUAUCUGACCGAUUUGAUGACUCUGGAAGCAGCGAUGAAACACAAAUGACAGUUGGACCAGCAGCGGCGGCCGCAAUUGCCACAUCGCUCUAUGGUUCGGAAGCCCCAUAUUUACACGCUCGCGAGAGGGCACGGCAAGAGCUGAAGGCUUUAGUCGGAAUCCCCAUGCCUCAGGUGGACAUGAGCACAGAAUCGCUCGACUCACAUUCACUAGACAAGUCAUCCACGUGUGAGUGUCUGACAGCAAUAGAUUCGACGGAUCCAACGCAUCUAAGCGCGUUCACGCCAUGGGACAACACAUCCGGUGUACAGCAACCGGAACUCACGCACACUGAGACGGAAAACGAUGCUUCCAAUCGCCAAUCAUUGCAAUCAAGAAUUAACUAUGUUUGA